UUUUUUUUAAAAAGUUAAAAACACAUGGUAAAUUUUUCAGUGGAUCAGAUCAGAGAGAUCAUGGACAAAUAAGACAACAUCAGAAACAUGUCUGUCAUUGCACACGUUGAUCAUGGUAAAUCAACCCUCACAGACUCAUUGUUAUGCAAAGCUGGUAUUAUCGCUUCCAAAGUUGCUGGUGAUGCUAGAGCAACAGAUACCAGAGAAGACGAAAAGGAAAGAGGUAUUACAAUCAAGUCAACUGGUGUUUCUCUUUAUUAUGAAUAUGACAUUUAUGACAAUAAGACCUUAGAAAAGUUUUUGAUCAACUUGAUCGAUUCCCCAGGACACGUUGAUUUCAGUUCUGAAGUCACAGCUGCCUUAAGAGUUACAGACGGUGCUUUAGUCGUCGUUGAUUGUGUUGAAGGAGUUUGUGUCUAAACCGAAACAGUGUUGAGACAAGCUAUGCAAGAGAAAAUCAAGCCAGUUGUCAUGGUUAACAAAAUUGAUAGAGCUAUCUUGGAAUUGAAGCAUGAUGGUGAAACAAUGUAUUAAAGCUUCGUCAGAGUCGUUGAUAUGGUCAAUGUCAUCAUCAACACCU